CGGCGCAGCGCCUGUGGUUUAUCUUUGUUGGCCCCAUUACUUCCGUAUUGGGAGUGGGGUUCGCGCUCCCCUGCACGAUAUAAAGAAGCUAGCUACGGUUCAAAUUUCGUCAGUUCUGAACGGUACAGUUCUUGGGGCAGAAACUUGCACUCACAGCAACCCCAGGUCGGCAGUACGAUACGAACGAACAUCAUCAAAGUAGAGCGUAAACGAUGGCCAUCGAGCGUCAAACCUUCUUCCUAAUUGUCAUUUUGGCGACAUCGUCUGCCUGGCCAUUUUUCCGGCGUCGCGAUGUCUUCGACAACGCCGUUGACAGCCCCCUAGGAGUUAUGGGCCACCUUCGGCACCUGGACGAAUUACUUUACGGUUUACCCAACAAUGACACCGGACGAAGGGUCGCGGAGUGGCACCCCUCGAUGGAAGUCAAUCCCGAAGAACUCGGCCCGUACGCAGAGGGUGACAUUCUGUUCCCCGCGGCAAUGGGGCGGAAUGGUUUGAAAACGGAAAGCACACGAUGGCCCGGCGGAAUCAUCCCCUACAUGAUCAGUCCGAUAUUCCGAGGCGCGGAUCUAAGGACGAUCAAAGAGGCGAUGAACGACUACCACGUAAACACUUGCGUACAAUUCGUACCCUACAACGGCGAAGGUAACGACUACAUCAGAAUCACAGCCGGAAAUACCGGAUGCUGGAGCAGCGUCGGACGCAUCGGAGGACCGCAGGACGUGAAUCUCCAGAUACCUGGAUGCGUCACCAAAAAGGGAACGGUCAUUCACGAAUUGAUGCACGCCGUUGGAUUCUUGCACGAGCAAAAUAGGUGGGAACGUGACAAUCACGUCACUAUCAACUGGGGAAACAUUCAAUCUGGGAGAAACAACAAUUUUGAAAAAGCUACAAAGGAAACUACCAACGCUUUUGGCGUAGGAUAUGACUAUGGCAGCGUGAUGCACUAUUCUUCGAACGCUUUUUCCGUCAACGGGAGACCGACUAUCGAGCCAAAAGAGCCCGGUGGCCUUUUGGGCCUUGUGGGCGAAUUUUUCAAUGGUCAGACCAAAGCCGUACUCGGACAGCGUGAAGGAUUCAGCAAAAAAGACAUACAGAAGAUCCGACGUAUGUACAAAUGCACGAAGAGGAGGAGGAGCUAUUACGACUACUGAGCAUCCGAAGGAAAGUGAUCCC